UUUCAUUGUAUGGAUUUGGUUCGAAACAAAAUUUUAACAAAUUGUUUUACACGUUGUGUCGGUAUAUCGGCAUUGUCACAAAUCUUUUUCAAUUUUCCAGAUCAAAUUGUAACCAAUUUCCAUAUUUCGAAAAUCAUCAUGCCACUUUCUUGUCGUUUUUAUCGACAAAAAUAUCCCGAAGUUGAAGAUGUGGUUAUGGUCAAUGUUCGUUCGAUCGGAGAAAUGGGCGCCUACGUUCAUUUGUUAGAGUAUAACAAUAUUGAAGGUAUGAUUCUGUUAUCCGAACUGUCCAGGAGACGAAUACGUUCCAUAAACAAAUUGAUUCGAGUUGGACGUAAUGAAUGUGUUGUCGUCAUUCGAGUUGAUCGUGACAAAGGCUAUAUUGAUCUGUCUAAACGUCGUGUUUCACCGGAAGAUAUAAUAAGAUGUGAAGAAAAAUUUGCUAAUGCCAAAGCGGUUCAUAGUAUAUUACGACAUGUAGCAGAAAUAUUGCAUUAUAAUGAACAACAAUUGGAAGAACUAUACGACAAAACUGCUUGGCAUUUCGAUGAUAAAAAACCUGGAUCUUCAUAUGAAGUUUUCAAAAUGGCUGUCAAUCAACCAUCACUUCUGGAUGAAUGCUGCUUAGACGAAAAAGUUAAAGAUCUGCUGCUUACUCAUAUCAAACGACGUUUGAUGCCACAAGCGGUAAAAGUUCGUUCUGAAAUUGAAGUUGGCUGCUAUGCUUAUGAAGGUGUUGAUGCGGUCAAAAAUGCACUACGUGCCGGUAUCGCUUGCGGCAUAGAAGAGAUGCCAAUCAAAAUCAAUUUGAUAGCACCUCCUCGUUAUGUUGUCACCACUACUACAUUGGAUAAAGCAAAAGGUGUUGAACUAUUGGAUGUGGCUUUGAAAAAAAUUGAAGAAUCCAUAAAAGAUUCAGGCGGAAUAUUUACGAUUACGAUUGCUCCUAAAGUUGUCACUGAUUUGGAUGAAGCUCAAUUAACAAAAAUGUUGGAACAAGCAGAAAAAGAGAAUGAAGAACGUUCCGGUGAUGAUGAUGAUGAUGAUGAAGAUGAAGAAGAUGGAAUAUAAGAAAAAAGA